AUGCAGCUAUAAUUUCAGAAGAAUUGUUUGAUGAAUUUUAAACAAAGCAAUUUAUAAAUUAUUAUACUUCUUAUGAAACAUUAGAGUAAUAUUCGUCUAUAAGCUAUUAUUUAAGAUUUAUUUAACAUUAAAAGUCUACUGCUUGGCAAGAAUCUGACUCUAUUUAAUUCCAUUUUUAGAAAAAUUAUUAAUUGCUGUAAAGAUUACUACAUAAUUUAUUUUGAGAACAUUAAAUAAACUACAGCCAUUAUUAACCACAAGAUUACAUAUAUUAGUCAUAGCUGCUACUCUAAAAUAAGCAAUUCAUUACGCUUUAAAAUAGCGUAUUUUACAUAGUUUUUCUGCUAACAAUACUCUUAUAAUCUUUAAAUUACUUCUACACCAAUACCUUUUAAUACUAGGCAAAAUAUGCAUUACAAAGACUAAAACCAGAUUGUAAGGUAUUACACUAACUUAAUUAUAAGGAACAUUAUCCUGAAGCAGUACUUAAUAAAGUCAUAUAAUUAAUAUUUUAAUCACAAUUUACUAUUGCUAACAUUAAUAUUAAAAUGA